CAGGACAUGGCGGCAGGAAAGCGAAGCGACUGCCUCUUCGGGACGUUACCCUUUACGAGCGACGAGCAGCAGCGCACGGACGCGUACCUGCGCCAGAAGCUCAACACAGACGUGCUCUCCCGGCGGCCCGGGCCUGGUGGCCGUCGUCUCACGUACCUCGAGAGCUGCAAGGCGAUCGAGAUCGCAAACGAAGCGUUUGGCUUCAAUGGCUGGAGCUGCCGCAUCGUCGACUGCAACCUCGAAUACAAGGAAAAGGACGGCAACGGCCGUUGGAGCGUCGGGUAUAGCGCAGUCGUGCGCAUCGAGCUCAAGGACGGGUCCACGCACGAAGACGUUGGAUUCGGAACAAGCGAUGGUAUGAAGGAGCUUGGCGCUGCUUUGGAGCAAUCGAAGAAGGCUAGCAUCUCGGACGCUCGGAAGCGGGCGCUACGCCUCUUUGGCGAGUACCUUGGCAACUCGUGUUAUGAUAAAGAGCACAUCAAGGACGUGGCGGCAAACAGGGCUAACAACGUACCGCUCCAGUCCCCAACAUCUAUCAAGCUUGAAAACGGGGCAACAGCAAACGCUACUGCAGCGGAGCCCAACGCCCAACGUGUGCUACCACCAACGUCAACUGCACCACGCCCCGGCAAUGGCUCCAAGCCACCACCAGCUGUCCAACGCAAGCCCGAAGGUCCAGCGGGGGUGUCAAACCAGACUUCUCCUGGUAUCGCGCAGUACCCACCCGCAGCAAUGUCUCGACCGCCACAGUACAACCAGGCAAAUCAGUUCAAUCCUCCGCCACCGAUGAACCGCGGACCUCAAGGCCCCCCGAAUGUGAAGCAGGAGCCAUCGUUUGGAACGACCCGCAACAACGCCUACGCGUCGCGCUCGGCGCCGACUGUCGCCCCCGUAUCUGUCACUCUUGUGGACCACGGCAAGCGCCCGCUGCCACAACAACAGGCUUUUCCGCGUCCGAUCAUGACCAACAUGUCGCCUUCAAUGGUCAAUGCGUCGCCGUCUCUCGGUUUUGAUCGGCAGAGUGCACCCGUGUGCAUGUACCCUGGCGAUCCUGGCGUUGACCUUGACGACCUACGUUACUCGCAGUUUGAAUUUGACGCCAACGAGACAAACGAAAGCAAGAAGCACAAGUCGUAAUGGAUCAAUUAAGGCACGAUGCCGUUCGUGAGUUUCUGGAA